CGUUCUUUCGUCACUGCAGGUCGUUGUUGUUAAUCACCGACCUCUUCAUUGCUAUUAUUCAGGUGUCUUUAACUGUUACAAAAACAUUUUCAAAAUCCAUAAUCAGGUUAGCUCACCGUUUCAGGAGAUCCAACGAUUUUCUGCUUUUCCAGCUGCCUCGAAUAUAUCUACUGCACAAUACCAUCGUUCCUGUUCCUGCCAGUGAUCGACUACUACAUAUCCCACAAAAUGAUGCAGGUCGAAAAUACCACUCCGAUUUGCGACGGCACUUUUGUCGCCAUCAACAACCUUUCGCCUCAGAAUGCGAAUACCUCAUCGUUAGAACCGCAGGUACUAUUGAUUCUUGUCGGCUUACCGGGCAGCGGUAAAACUACUUUUGCGGAAGCACUAGUUCGCGCAUCUUCAAUGUACAUUACACCUCCAGAGGGGACUGGCAAGGUUCAGCCAUCUGUAAUAAGAAGGCCUUGGAUGCGAGCGUCCCAAGACGAUGCCCCCAGCAAGAGGAGGCAAGAGUGCGAAUCCAGAGUCCGAUGGGGCUUGAAAAACGGAUAUAAUGUACUUGUCGAUAGGGUUGGGUUCGAUCCUGUCCAGAGAAGUCAUUUUGUGGCAAUUGCCGACGAUCAGCUUCCAAGACCACUAGUAUAUUGUCUUAUUCUCUCUGUAUCUCAAGACACACUUCAGUCGCGACUACUAGGACGCGAAUCACAUCCGACCAUCCACGGAGGUGAAGAAGGUAUGCGUGUCUUAUCUCAAAUGAGCCGACUAUUCCAACCACCUACUAUUUAUGGAGGGGAAGGACUUGACCGCAUGUAUGUGCUGGAUGAGAUAAAUCAACCUAGUGCUGCCGAAGGAUGGAGUGAUCAGAGGGUGUUGGAGAUUGUAGAUCGAGUUGGGAACGAUGGUAGGAGAGAGGUGGGAGAGAGAAAAAAUUACCGGCCUGCGCCUAGAAUUCAUGACGACAAUGCGAGCCCGCGAGGAGCCAGUAAUAACUUCAGAGGGGGAAGGAGAGGAAUGUGGGGAGGGAGCAGAAUAAGAGGUUCAUGGGACGGUAGAGGAAGCUGGCGAAGUAGGGGAGGGUAUAAAGGGCCAAGUAGUGGAUGGUCAUCAAGAGAAGGCUCUCGUGGUACAGGGGGUGGUACAGGGUUUCCGCCGGCGUCUUUAAGUUCCCAUAAUCCCUAUAAUCGUUCUUUUGGUAAUCAAGGUGCGCCUGGAGGUGCUUAAUGCUAGUCAAUAGAGUUGGAUCAAUGGUUAUUCAUUGUUAUGAAACGGCGGACAUAACAAUGGUACGUAUAGUGAUUAAGAUAAGAGAUGCACGCGGGAUGUGAUAAAUAAUG